GGAUCCGUUCAGUCUCGUCUCGUGUCCUGUCCAGUUCCCCUCGGUAUUUAAUCCUGCUCGCUUGGCAACCUCGUGCCCUUUCACCCUCGCUCCACCCCACGCUAUCGUCGACCUUUCUCCUUUUUACCCAUCUCCUGAUCUUGAUUGUUCAAAUAUAGCAGAUACACACAAAAACCAAGUAAAAUGUCUAACCUCAUAUCCGGCCCAUCCCACCAUCACCGUUCCCCACAUACUCUCUACAACCCAGCACCCUCCAUGUCUCCUACUCCUGUCCCUCAUCAUCAUCAACCGCCACCCAUGCAAGGCUUGCCCACCCCACCUCCUUCCAUCGGCUAUGAUGUUCAUGAGUUCCGCAGAUUCUUCUCAUUUGGUUUAUCGCAACUAAAGCAAAACAAUAAGUAUAUCAUCAACGACUUGACUACUCUUGCCAGUGUGUACCAUCAUCGAAUGGCCACUUGUAUCGUCAAAGAGAUUGAGCAGUACAUCUUAGAGAGCCAUCCCGCCCAUAGACUCAUAGGAUUUUACGCCCUAGACUCGAUCUGUAAAAACCUUGGCCAUCCCUUCCCCGAGCUUUUCAAAGCAUCCAUCGAGCAUCUCUUCUUGACUGCUUACAGGGAGGUCGAACACCUUAAUCCAGCCACCAAAAUCAAGUUCGAAGAGCUGCUAGGUACCUGGAGAACUGGCUCGGCAGCGCAAUCCGAACUUUUUGGCCCCGAGCUCCAAAGAAAAAUGGAAGAUGGCAUCUUCGGUAGUUGGCGACAUGGGAAUGAAGCCCCAAAUAGUCUGGCAUUUGAAAACGGGGUUAAGCAACUACCAGCAAUCGCAUCGCCUGCCGAGAAAGCUAGCAUCUUAUUUGACCUGCGAAGGAUAUUGGCCGACCGACGAGACAUUGCCACCCAUGCUCCAACCGACCAAGCCAAUCUAGCCCAGAUCGACACCUUGCAGCAGCUCGAGCAAUUAGUGGCCACUCAACAGUUGACUAUGUCUCAAGUCGAGGAAAUUCGCAAGCAGCUUCAACCUCUCAAGCUUGCAGCUCCCCCACCACCCCCCAUCGAGCAACAUCCCGCCUUUAGCACGUCUCAUCACCUUUCUCAGCCACCCAACAUCUUUGAGGACUCGGACGCACUUGCCCAGCUUAAUCAUUUCCUCGAAGCCAACCCAAACAUUCUCCAGCAAGUGAUGCAGCAGUCACAUCAAGCCCAGCCUCCUCAAGCGGCUGUGGCUCAGCCCGUCCUCGACCCCACCUUCCAAAACGUAUCAGACAUUCUGUCCCAGUUUGUCCAGCCCCAGCAGACCACCUCUCUUGUCUCCGAACCAAUCAGCCAAGCCCCACUCAAUUUUAAUCUGUUUGAUAGCCAGCAUCUUGCCGCUGCCUUGACUGCCCUCAACUUACCUCAAUGUAACACUCAACAAAACGCCACUCCUUUUAUGCGGGAGCAAUCUCAUGAGUCAGCCCAAAAGCUCAGUCCAUCGCCAUCGAGCUCGAACUCAGAUGGGAACUGUAGAUUGCGUGAUCACCCGGAUCCAGCAGUGAUGGAGUACGAAGACAAGAUUGCGGGCCUCUCGAUCGAGCUCCAGAACGCAUCCAUCAACCGAGUGAAGCCUAGCGAGAUAGCUGAUCUGCUCUACUCGGACAUCCCCCAGUUUUGCAGACAGGAUGGCAGCCGAUUCUUGCCGGGCAAGAUCGGCAACCAACGCGCGUCUGACCAGCUAGACCGAUACUUCAGAAUCCAGCGCCAGGUGCACGAGUCCGGGCAGCGUGCACAACAGCGGAUGUGGGCCCAGGCCGAGUCCACCUGGCUGUACUCCCAGGACACGGAUCUCACGGGCAAGAAGGCCCAUCCCAGACCGGACGGCAGUCGGUCUCCCUCGACGACGAGGAGGAUGGAUGAGGAGCAGGAGAAGAUGGCCGAGCUCCGGCGCAAGACCGUAGUCAGACCGAGCUCGUCCCUAUUGGCUUCCCAGCCCUGUCCGAUCUGUCUCGAGCCUUUCGACACUAAACUUGAUGAGGAGGAGGAUGAGUUCUUCUGGAUCAAUGCGAUCGAGAGCUUUAAUGAAACCAAACAAACCACGGUCUUCUAUCAUGCUACUUGUCAUUUUGAGACCCUUCGUAAUCACAAGAAACGCAUGCAACUGAAGGCUGGAGGGCUUGGUCAACCCAAGAAAGCCUCCCGAGGCCUGUCCUCCGUUGCCAAUGCUCCUGACAGCAACAAGCGGCUAGCUAAUCCCCGAGCCUUGUCCCUCACCACUACCCCCUCCGAGUCUGAGAUGGAUAACACCAAUAAGACUCAGCUCGUCCAAUCGAGAGAUCAUCUAGCCAAGAAGGAAAACGUCAAUCGAUUUUCCUUGGUCGAAUUCUCCGAUCAAGCUGGCUUGGAUCCUGAUGCCAUCAGUCGUCAGAAGAUCAUCAACGUCGAUGAGGCCUCGUCCUCGUCGAUCUCUCCCGAUCGUAUCGGCUCCUCUGUCCUGUUGACCGCUAGUAGGAAACGUAAAGGUCCCUCGUUGUCGCCCCCUAGGUUGGCCGACCAUCAAGCUUCUCUCGACCCUUCUUCUUUGGAGACAGGAAAGAAACCUAGACUCAUUGCUGCUUAAAAUUUUACCCCAGUCGAUUCUCUGGCUUUUUUUUUUUAAAAAAAAAAAAAAACUUAUCUUGUUUCUGGGGACGUUUUUUUUUCUUUAAAUUAAUUUUUAUUUCUUUUCUUUCUUUUUUUUUUUUGAGA